GGGCUGCCACAUCACGCCGCGCUCGGUCGAGCCGCUGUGUGAGAUUUAACGGUAAAAAAUCACGCGUGGUGAGCGGCAGAGUGACGUCAGCGUGGGAUUUUUUUUUUCGGGGGAGGGGGGGCUGGUGACGUCAGCAGCGCAGCGCCUUGUUGCAGAGUCACUGCGACUGUUUCGACUGUAAACAAGGGAGCGCGGAGAAAAGUCAGGAAUCAGGCCUCCGCGGCCGCGCUGCUCGUCCCUGUUCAUAUUUUCGGCUGGUACUAAUUCGUGAGUGACCCCGCGACAUGACUCCAGCCGUCCAUGCGUAGUCUGUUCCUAAAGGCACAGGUCGUGUUGUGUUUCUUUUCAGCAGAGACGGUCGCAUAGAGCUAGCCUCUCAAGCUAGCCACUUGGUCCCUUUAGCUCACCUUAGCUGUCGAUAGCCUCGCUGGCUACUCAACAUCCGAGGGCCUGCUGCGUGGGAAACACCCUUUAUGCCCUGGGUAUACCUCUCUUUACUGCGACCAGGAUAUCCUGAACCCUGGGUGGCUGGUCAGAGCGGCCUCCUCCCACCAUGGAGGCAGGAGGGAAGGACUGCGAGGAGGAAACACUGCAGACGGCGUUUAAGAAGCUAAGAGUUGAUGCUGAGAGCAUACCUGGAGCUGUGAGUGUUUCAGAGGCGUUGGCCCCCAGAGUAGCAUCACGGCCUUGUCUCGACAACAGCGGCGUGAAGCCCAAACUCAGCUGCCCGAAGGACAACUGGCAUGGCUGUAUGAGGAAAUCGUCAAGAGGAGCAUCCAGAACCCAGCGGCGUCGCAGGUCCAAGUCCCCCAUCCUCCACCCCCCAAAGUUCACCUACUGCAGCACCGCCGCUGCCUCUGCACUGUCGACCCCUAGUGGCUGCCUGAAGCACCAGCGCCUGACUGUGCCUGAGCCCGUGGAGCCUCGCCCUGCGGUCGAUGGAAGAACAGCCUCCUCCGCGGCUCUCCCGACCCAGAAAGAGCUCUCUGCUCCAGGCACACCCAGCCACAUCUCUCCUCUGGUUUUUGGAUCUCGUGCUGGGUAUGAGACACAUGUCGGAGCUGUGGUUUCCUCGCCGUCCCUACAGGAGAUCCCCGCCGUUAUCACUGCUGCUGUGACAUCAUCCAGGCAGGAUGGGGGAAGCUCUGGAGAUGUCCAGGCGGGCGAGGAGGGCGGCCCAGAGAAAAGUGCCUGUGACCAAGCGGAGUCUGGAGCAGGAGCACCUCGGAGGUCUGGUCCCGCUGAGGCCACGGACUUCCGAGCUUUAUCCAAGCUCCACUGCUCUGCAGACGGCCCCCACGCUCCCUGCUCCUGUGCCCAGAGGAAUAACUCAGAUUCCCAGGAAGAGAGUAAGCAGGGGGCUGAAUGCCAGUGCCAGUCGCAUCAUCAGGGCUGGCAUGGCGUGGAAGUGUACUCUUUCACGGGGCUCCGCAAUGUCAUCUCAGAGUGUGAGAGGAGCCUGCCGAGCCACGACGACGCCCCCAGAACUCUCAGCACCAGCGGUAACGCUGCUGCGGCGUCGUCACCUUCAUCAUCGACACCGCUGUCCUCUGGCUCUCCGCGCUCAUGUUCGGAGCAGGCGCGAGGCUACGUCGACGACAUCACAAUAGAGGACCUUUCUGGCUACAUGGAGUAUUAUCUAUACAUCCCCAAGAAAAUGUCACACAUGGCUGAGAUGAUGUACACUUAAAAAAAGUCAGAAUAUUGUUAUUAUAAUAUCAAAGGAGGAAAUGAUAAAGUAAAGAGUUUUUUUUGUUGUUUAGGGAAAAGUUGGCAUCGGAGGAAAGUCGCUGUUGGGAGGAGGAAUGGAUCAGGCAUGAAAGUUUCAAAUUUUCAAAUAUACGUUAGCUGAUUUUUAACCCAGGCUGAAUAGUUUUCAUUCUCCCUGUCUUCUGUUUGAGCCUUCCCCUCAUUCUACUGACAGAAACUCAUCACCGCCAGCUGCUUCUCAUUUCUGUCACCCUUUUUUUUGUGCUAUAUGAAUAACUUUUUUUUUUUUUUUAAAUUUAAUUUUCAGUUUACAAACGAAGUUGCCAAAGCUCUUGGUGCAGGGUCUUGCAGAGGGAGAUAAUAUUCCAAGUGUGAUUAUGUUUGUGGUGUUGUGACCCUGAAGGUCGCCUGUCUGGAUUUCAUUUCCUUCAAUAAAGACUCAAAAUGUU